AUGAAUGAAAUACUCGUGUUGGCGCCACAUAUAAAGACGACAAUGUUAUUGGAACUUGGUGAACAAGAUUUGUUGUGGGAUGGUAGUUGGUCUGUUAAAAUGCACGGGUUCACUCCGAAUCAUAGUACCGUGGCCAUACACAAUAGACAGUUAGCGGACAACGCCGAGUUAUUCGAUCAUCUCAAACCAAGCUAUGUCUGUCUCUUUCAGGGUGGCGGGUAUUACCGCGACCUUGUACACUGUCAGUACAAAGACAUGUUUGAUCGACUCGAACCUCACAUCAAACACAUCUCGUUGGAUGAUGACUAUGUCGAAUUGUCGGAAUUGUAUGACUUGAUAACAUUGGAAGAUUCAAAGUUGGAAUCACUCGAAGUAUCUAUCAUACUGUUGCCAAGAGAGGAAAAUGGUGGUAUUGCAAGCAGCUGUCAAACCAUUGAAACGUAUGAUUCAUACGCGGUCGGCGACCAAGACGACGAAAAAAAAGAAAAAGAAGAAGAAGAAGGAGAAGAAGAAGAAGAAGAAUCGUCAAACUGGGAAUGGAUUUGUGAUGCAUUGGAGGAAAACACCACUCUCAAACGACUCUUGCUCAAAGAUUAUUAUAAACAUUUAUACUUUAAUGAUUACUCGAAAAAAAACAAGGACAUUGUAACAAUACCAAGUUUUGAAUGGCCGUUCCGCGCUAUUUGGGAAAACAAUACGACCAUUGAAUAUCUUGGUCUGUCGUAUCUCUCUCACAUUAUCUGUUCGAGGUUUUUUGAUGAGAUGCAGCACAACCAAACCAUCACUACGUUGGUACUGACAGAAGAGACUAUUCAUCGAUCAUAUGUACCAUCAUUCUGCAAGAUGAUUGCAAAUACUAAAACCAUUAAAACACUGUCAAUCAGAGACAAUCAUUUGGAAUGGUGCGACGAGUUUGAGCAUGCGUUCCAACAAAACAAGUCAAUCAAAGUGCUGGAUGUAUCAGGUAACAGGUUUGGAUAUAAUGAUGCUACACAACUAUACAAUUCAUUAUUGCAAAGUGAUACUGUACAAUACUUGGUAUUGGACCAUUCCAAACCACCGAUCGACCAAUCUGAUUAUGUCCGACAAUCAAAAUCAUUAAAAGAUUAUUUCUACAGUGAUUAUAAAGGUGAUAUCAGAGCCGAUAGUUUCCUAUCACCAUCUAUUUAUUAUUUUUCAUAA